AUGGGCGGCGGGGCGGCGGCGGCGGCGGCAGCGGCGCUGUACGCCUGCACCAAGUGCAACCAGCGCUACCCCUUCGAGGACCUGUCCCAGGGGCAGCAGCUCUGCAAGGCCUGCCGCAUCGCCCACCCCAUGGUCAAGUGCACCUACUGCCGCUCCGAGUUCCAGCAGGAGAGUAAAACAAAUACGAUAUGCAAGAAGUGUGCACAGAACGUGAAGCAGUUUGGAACACCCAAGCCCUGUCAGUACUGUAACAUUAUUGCAGCAUUUAUUGGCACCAAGUGUCAGCGUUGCACCAAUUCAGAAAAGAAGUACGGACCCCCUCAGACCUGCGAACAGUGCAAACAACAGUGCGCUUUUGACCGGAAGGAGGAAGGAAGAAGAAAGGUGGACGGCAAGUUAUUGUGUUGGCUCUGCACGCUGUCCUACAAGAGGGUUUUGCAGAAGACAAAGGAACAGAGAAAGAGCCUGGGUUCUUCACACUCCAAUUCAUCUUCCUCAUCGCUUACGGAGAAAGACCAGCACCAUCCGAAGCAUCGCCAUCAUCACCACCACCACCGGCACAGCAGUGGCCACCACAAAAUCAGCAGUCUGAGUCCCGAACAAGAUCAGGGACUGUGGAAACAGAGCCAUAAAUCCUCUGCAGCUAUUCAGAAUGAAACUCCAAAGAAAAAACCCAAACUGGAAUCCAAGCCAUCCAAUGGAGAUAGUAGCUCUAUAAAUCAGUCAGCAGAUAGUGGGGGAACUGACAAUUUUGUCCUCAUCAGCCAACUGAAAGAGGAAGUGAUGUCUCUUAAGCGUCUCUUGCAGCAAAGAGAUCAAACCAUUUUGGAAAAGGAUAAGAAGUUGACUGAAUUGAAGGCAGACUUCCAGUACCAGGAGUCUAAUUUGAGGACCAAGAUGAACAGUAUGGAGAAAGCCCACAAAGAAACCGUGGAGCAACUGCAGGCCAAAAACAGGGAGCUACUCAAGCAGGUUGCAGCUUUGUCAAAGGGUAAAAAAUUCGAUAAAAGUGGGAGCAUACUAACGUCUCCUUGAGGAAACGGCUACUCAUUGGUGUUUGUGCUCAGAGUGUAAAUUUGGGUAAUUCUGUGAAGCCCUUAAAAUUCUGUGUAGUGAGAACCUAUUUUUGCACACCAGAUAAGUUGGCAUGUUUCCUAUACACUUUUGUAACUGAGAUGCAGCUUUUUUUUUUUUAGUUGACAGAAUACUCAGAUUUAAUACUUCAACUGGCUUGAAGGAACUUUUUUUUUAUUUUUAUUUUUUGAUACCCGGGAACUUUUUUGCCGGCAAUAGUAUUAUUGAACAAUUUCAAAAGGCACGUCAGCAGUGCUGUUUUCAACACAACUUGCAAUAAUAGAGUUGGUGUACUUUUUUUGGGCUCAAAGCAUCAGUUGAUCUCAUUGUUUUUAUCAGGCUAAUUUCAGCUAACGUUCAGUUUUCAAAUUUAGGACUAGAAGAACUUUGUGAAUAAGGAACAUUAUGAACGCCGGGUUUUUGGCCACUGUGUUCUUUUCAAAAUAUAAAUUUAGGAGGGAAUCAUGGUGCUUUUAUUAAAUGAAAUUCACAAGGAUGAUAUAUGUACAUACUUUUUUAAAAGUUCCAUGGUUAGCGGUAUGCUUAAUAGAUUGAUCCUUGUCAUUGAAAUUUUCUGAACAUCUUGUAUAGUACAAGGUUUAAGUGUGUCUUUUGUUUUGUAAAAACUACUGUCAAUUUUUACUUGCAAGUGCCUUUUUGCCACCCGAUGUUUUUAUUUAUAGGAAUGUUGGUCUUUUGUACAUAGGGUUUCUCGUUUUAAGAUCAUGUUUUCAUAAUUGUUUGUAUAUAAAUGUAUAUGUACAGAGGCCUAACUAAAAAUUCCAAAGAGCUAGUAAACUGCUCCCGGUUGCAUUAAAUACUAGCUUAAUGGAUGGUGAAUAUUGGCUUUAGAUCAUUUUAGUGAUUUUUGUCUGUGUGCAAGUUGUUGAUCCUAGAUAUCAUCAUGCCAAGCGGUGCUCAAAAACAUGGGGGGCUCUUUUGGCAGUGGUAGAUUUUCCAUUCUGUCCUAGAAAUGUGUUUUUUGGGGGGAGGGUGGGGGGAUUUUUUACUCCCCCCACCCCCCAACGGUAGUACUAGUUUGAAAAACAAAUGUCAUUCUUACCUCUGAUCUCUCCACUUGAAACGGUUAGUUGGGUCGGUGCCCAUGAGCACAUCUGGCUUUUUAAAAUUCCCCAAUUUUUCACCCCUCGCUUUAAAGGACACUUGAAGUUCUUCUCCAGAAGAAUGUGGAACCAAUAACUAGGUUCUGGGGCUUUCACAAGAAAACCGGUACCCCCAGGUGUCUGUCGGGUAGGGGAUGGAUGCCCGAAAAGAAUAGCAGAAGAAUUUGGCCCUUUAUUCCGUAACUACUGACUUUGGAAGGAAAUUGGUCUUGUUCAUCGCAGCCUUAUCGCACUGCUCCUAGGGGACUUUAGCUUACCUUCUUCACAUAACUUUUAGACUGUGAGCCCACUGUUGGGUAGGGACUGUCUCUAUGUGUUGCCAAUUUGUACUC